AUGCCAGUUCAGUUCGAAGUCGACGUUCCCCUCGAGGAGCUCAAGGCCCCGGAGAUAGGGUACGCGGGCUACCGAGGCCUCAACUCGCAUUCCGAGAUUUUCCCCAAAGGUUACCAGACCGCACCGGGCAGGCGAGCGCUCCCCUGCGAGAUCCAGGUUGACCAUGAUGUGGCCAUUGCCGUGCGCGACGGGUGCACCCUGUACGCUGAUAUUUACCGUCCCGGCCCUGCUUCAUCCGCUCCUGUCCCUGCAAUUGUCUGCUGGAGUCCCUUUGGCAAGAAAUUCAACGGGAUCGACUCGCUGCGUCUGAUGACGCCGUGGAAUCUCGGUAUCCCCGAUGGGACUCUCAGCGGGCUGGAGAAGUUCGAGGCGCCUGAUCCGGCAGAGUUUGUGCAGCAUGGGUACGCGAUCGUCAAUGUCGACUCUCGAGGCGCGUUCGAUUCAGAAGGCGUCAUGGCUAUCAUGGGCACACAGGAGGCAGAAGAUGGAUACGAUGUGAUCGAAUGGAUUGCACAGCAAGAGUGGUGCAGCGGCAGCGUCGGUCUCGCCGGCAAUUCGCAUCUGGCCAUCAUCCAGUGGUUUAUUGCGGCACUGCAGCCUCCAUCCCUCAAGGCCAUCGCCCCCUGGGAAGGCUGUGGCGACCUUUACCGCGAGCAGUUUGCGCGUGGUGGCAUCUACGGGGGCGACUUGUUUGACCGGCUGAUCGUCAAGUACAUGCUGCGCGGUCGAAACGGCAUGGAGAGUUUUCGCCAGAUGUACCAGCAACACCCGCUCGCUUGCGCCUGGUGGAACGAUAAGAGGCCCGAUAUGAAGAAGAUUACGAUCCCUACAUACAUUACUGGUACCUGGACGAACACUAUGCACGGGAUGGGCGCGAUUCGAGGCUGGCUGGAGGUGCAGUCGAAGCAUAAAUGGCUGCGCUGGCAUCCCUACCAGGAGUGGUUCGAUCUGUGGGGGAAUCCAGAGGCCAACAAGGAGCUUCUGAGCUUCUUCGACCGGUAUCUGAAGGGGAUCGAGAAUGGCUGGGAGGCUACACCACGCGUACGCAUGGCAGUGCUGAAGUACGGCGAGAGCAGUCCAUUGGCUGGCAUCGUCGAGCCGGACUUCCCUCUGCCACGGACCGUCUAUCGAAAAGCGUAUCUGAACGCAGACGGCAGAUUGCUCCUAGACAGCCCCUCGUCUGCCUCCGGUACAGUGUCCUAUAAUUCCGAAGAGCCCUCGUCGAUGGCCAAGUUUACCUACACCUUCCCAGAACGCACGCAGCUGGUCGGUAUCCCCAAGGCCGUGCUUUACAUGAAUUGCGACGAGCAUGACGACAUGGACGUUUUUCUCGUCCUGAGCAAACUGUCUGUGUCAGGUGAGCUGAUGUUCAACCUCAAUAUCCCGUGGAAGGGGCUCCCAGUCUCAUCGAUUGCCGAAAUCCCGACCGACAAACGUACAGAGGUCAUCCUCUAUCAAGGCCCAACAGGCAUCCUGCGCGCCUCUCACCGCGCCAUUGACCAGAGCAGGUCCAUGCACCCCAACUGGCCGUUCCACCCGCACGAGCGCGAGGAGAAGAUCCCGCCGGGCACGGUCGUACGCCUAGAGAUCGGCAUCUGGGCCAUGGGGGUCGAGUACGAAGCCGGCGAAAGCCUGCAGCUGAGGAUUGCCGGGCACUACCAGGGGAUAUCAAAUUUUGGGACCUCUGACCAUAUCCGGAAUAAGGGACGCCACUUUGUCCAUGUUGGCGGCGAGUACGACAGUCAUCUGGUGCUACCGUUUGUUUAG